GUCACCUACACCGCGCACAAUGCCGCCCUGACGUCCCAUAAUAUCCUCGUCAAAGCCAACUUGAAGAACUUCCUCGUCUUCCAGGGUGAUAUCAAAGCUGUUGCAUCUCAGUCUCCAAGAGAGCUUUCCCGCCUCAUAGAACAGAUUUCAGGUUCUCUCUCGCUUUCACAGGAAUACAAGAAAGCGAAGGAAGCCCAAGAACGCACAACAGAGAACGCAACCUUCAACUUCACUAAGAGGAGAGGCAUCGCAGGCGAAAUAAAACAGUAUAAGGAACAAAAGGGAGAGGCAGAGCGAUUUGAGAGCUUGUGUGAUCAUAAAGACAACCUUAUUCUAAAGCAUAUUCUUCACAAGCUUUUCCAGAUCAAAGAGGCACUCGAAGCGAAUGCCUGCGACAUUCAAACAAAGUCUAGGGCCCUUGCUGGCCUCCAUGCAGAGCAUGGAGAAAGCGAGAAGUCUCUUAAGGAUGCACGUGCAGAGCAAGCAAGGCCCACACAGCAGUUGUACGAGAACUCGAGAAGGCGAAAA